GGCAAACGCAUCAGUCACGCGCCGGAGAGCCAGAGUUUCCGGCAAGUUUUCCUGGAAAGCAACGGAUGUGCCGGCGACUGCAAGUCACCUGAUCUUUGUUUCUAUAUAACGUAUUCGCGGUCUUGAUCCAACCUCCUACUCCUUCUUGGUUGUGUUGUUUGAUUGGAGUAAUUGAGGGAAAUGGGGUCGGAGCUGAUAUUCAGAGGCCACGAAACGCAGCCCAUGGCUGAUGGGUACUCGCCGAAACCCCCCAAGCCGUGGCUUUCCGUGGUUCGUCCAAUUCGCUACAUGCUUCGCGAGCAGCGCCUUCUUUUCACGCUCGUCGGCAUUGCUAUCGCCACCGUGGUGUUCCUCCUCCUCCCAUCUUCUCCUGCUCCGUACACCCACCGGUUCGACCCGAUCUCGGACUCCUACUUCCCCUCGGAGACGACGACCCAGCUGGCUCACCGGGUGGCGUACGCCGGGCACGGCGGCGGAGGGUUUGGGUUUGUGAAUUCUGGGGGGAAGGUGCCGCUGGGGCUGAAGCGGAAGGGGCUGAGGAUAGUGGUUACCGGGGGAGCUGGUUUCGUGGGGAGCCACCUGGUGGACAGGCUGAUUAGGAGAGGAGACAGCGUGAUUGUGGUGGAUAAUUUUUUCACAGGGAGGAAAGAGAACGUGAUGCACCAUUUUGGAAACCCUAGGUUCGAGCUCAUCCGACAUGACGUCGUUGAGCCACUCCUCCUGGAGGUUGAUCAGAUCUACCACCUGGCCUGUCCCGCCUCCCCCGUUCACUACAAGUUCAACCCCGUCAAAACCAUCAAGACCAAUGUGGUGGGCACCCUCAACAUGCUAGGCCUGGCCAAGAGAGUCGGUGCGCGCUUCCUGCUAACCAGCACCAGCGAGGUCUACGGCGACCCCCUCCAACACCCCCAGGUGGAGACCUACUGGGGCAACGUCAACCCCAUCGGUGUCCGAAGCUGCUAUGAUGAAGGCAAGCGUACUGCCGAAACCUUGACCAUGGACUACCACAGAGGAGCUGGAGUCGAGGUUAGAAUCGCUCGUAUUUUCAACACCUAUGGGCCUCGAAUGUGCAUUGAUGAUGGCCGUGUUGUCAGCAAUUUUGUAGCUCAGGCAUUGAGGAAGGAGCCACUGACAGUUUAUGGUGAUGGAAAGCAGACCAGGAGUUUCCAGUAUGUUUCUGAUCUGGUGGAGGGCCUGAUACGCCUCAUGGAAGGGGAACAUGUGGGUCCUUUCAAUCUUGGGAACCCUGGUGAAUUCACCAUGCUUGAACUUGCUCAGGUGGUUCAGGAAACAAUAGACCCCAAUGCAAAGAUAGAGUUCAGGCCCAACACAGAGGACGAUCCACACAAGAGGAAGCCUGAUAUCUCAAAGGCCAAGGAUCUUCUUGGUUGGGAGCCAAAGGUGGCUCUUCGCAAGGGUCUCCCCCUUAUGGUCUCCGAUUUCCGAGAACGCAUCUUUGGCGAUCACAAGGAAGAUGGUGCCACUACCACCACAUCCUCAUCCUCCUCGUCCUAAGCUAACUACACACCUUACACUAGAGUGACAAGGGGAAAGACAAUUUUCGAUGGAAAGUAAAUCCCUACUUCCACCCAAACGGUAGAGCAGCAGCAGAGCACAAGCCCCUUUGUUCUCUUUUGAAUAGUUUUGGAGGUGUUACUUUUUGCAAUUUGUGUUCUUUGUCAUCUUUGUAUUUUCCUUGUUACUACCCCUUUUUAAUCUUAAUAGAUGGUAAGCUCUUUGAAUAACCCCCCAAAUUUUCAUUUUAUGCAAUCAGUAUUGGUAACA